AACAUAAACUCAAAAAGAAAAAAAGAAAAAAAAACCUCUUAGUCAUAUUCUCUUUCUAUCAAUCUCUCUCAAUAUCAAUCUCAAUCUGCCCAUAUUUCUUGCUGUCAACAAAUUCAUUCAGCAAUCUCCUCUUCUUCUCCCAUCAACAACAAACUAAAAAAUAAAGACCUUUCACAACAUCAAAAACAAAACGAAACCCUUCUUCUUCCCACAAGAACCUCUCUUCAACAAUGUCGUCUAGAAACCGGACGAGAUCAAGAAUCAACUUCUUCUUCACAAGAACUGUUCUUCUUCUCCUUCUCCUUCUUCUUCUAGGGUUCUGUAACGGAGCAAGAACAAAUACGAACGUCUUCAACUCGAAACCACGCAAGGAACACAAAGACGCUGUUCCGUCUUCAUCGAAACAGUUCUUGGGGUUCUUGCCACGUCACUUCCCAGUUCCAGCUUCUGGUCCCUCUAGAAAACACAAUGAUAUCGGUUUACUUAGUUGGCAUCGUUCUUCUCCUUGAACCAAAACCAA